AUGCUGGAGCUUGCUUCAAAGGGGACUACCACUUCCAAAAAGGGCUUCAAGAAGGCAGUCGCUAAAACUCAAAAGAAGGAGGACAAAAAGCGCAAGAGAUGCCGCAAAGAUAGCUAUUCUAUUUACGUCUACAAGGUGCUGAAGCAGGUCCACCCGGACACUGGAAUCUCUUCCAAGGCCAUGAGUAUCAUGAAUUCUUUUGUUAGUGACAUUUUUGAGCGCAUUGCCGGUGAGGCUUCCCGCCUGGCACAUUAUGACAAGCGCUCGACCAUCACCUCUAGGGAGAUCCAGACGGCCAUGAGCCUUCUGCUGCCCGGGGAACUAGCCAAGCAUGCUGUGUCGGAGGGCACCAAGGCUGUCACCAAGUAUACCAGCUCCAAGUAAAACAUGAUCCAGCCAGCAGAUGAGCUCCACAAACCAAAGGCUCUUUUAAGAGCCAAUGAAAGUUUCUAAUAGGGCUGUAGAAUGUUUAUUAUAGAGUAUGCCUCAUUGCCAGACAGAUAAUUUUUUCCUAGACUAGGCAUAACAUGGUUAACUUUAAGUCUAAACUUUGCAUUAAUCAACUGUAUCUGCAGCAGUAUUGGUAAAAGCUAAAA